CGCGUGACGUCAAGGCACCGUGUCUUCAGAAAGGCGGCCCCGUGGCUGAUAGAAGGAAUCUUCCUCGUCCGCUUAGCGCCUGGGGAAGUGCGAAACCAUCCGCCAGUGGGUAAAGAUUGCUCGGUUUCUAUCGUCGUAGUGGUAGCGUUGCCACGGCGCUCGGCUAGCGGCAGAAGGGUCCAGCGCUCUCGCUCGCGGUGUUUUAGAGGCGUGCUUCGCUAAAACACCCAGCCCACCGGCACGGCAAUGGAUAAGGACGAGUUGGUUCAGCGGGCCAAGCUUGCGGAGCAGGCCGAACGGUACGACGACAUGGCGGCCGCCAUGAAGCAGGUCACAGAAACGGGCGUGGAGCUCAGCAACGAGGAGCGCAACCUGCUCUCUGUCGCCUACAAAAACGUCGUCGGUGCCCGGCGGAGCUCGUGGCGGGUCAUCUCGAGCAUAGAGCAGAAGACCGAGGGCUCCGAGCGCAAGCAGCAGAUGGCCCGGGAGUACCGGGAGAAAGUGGAGAAGGAACUACGCGAGAUCUGCUACGACGUGCUGGGUCUGCUAGACAAGUAUCUGAUCCCCAAGGCGAGUAACGCCGAGAGCAAAGUGUUCUACCUGAAAAUGAAGGGCGACUACUACAGGUACUUGGCAGAGGUUGCCACCGGCGAGCAGAGGAACAGUGUGGUAGAGGAGUCUCAGAAGGCCUACCAGGAGGCCUUUGACAUCUCCAAGGGCAAAAUGCAGCCCACGCAUCCAAUUCGACUCGGCCUGGCCCUCAACUUUUCCGUGUUCUAUUACGAAAUUCUCACUGCCCCUGACCGGGCCUGCCACUUGGCCAAGCAGGCAUUCGACGACGCCAUCGCGGAGUUGGACACGUUAAAUGAGGAUAGCUACAAGGAUAGCACGCUCAUAAUGCAGCUCCUCCGAGACAACCUCACGCUCUGGACGUCGGACACCCAAGGGGACGGCGACGAGCAGCAGGAAGGUGGUGACAAUUGAUCCUCGUGUGUGCGCCGAGCCCCUUCCGCGUGCAUUCCCAUCGCGCCGCGGCCGCCCCAGCAGCAACGCCGACACCGUCGCCCCUCACAGCAGCCGGCCGAUGGCGAUGCUGCUGCUGCCGACGUCGCCGCCGCCGCUGCCGCCGCCCUCCUCCCCUCCCUCCUCACCGUCCUCCCUUUCUUCCUACUGCCGCCGCCUCUGGUCGUCGUGGUCUUUGCCGCCGCCGCGCCUCACCUCACCUCCUGACUAUCGUUUUGUUCGUCUCGUUUCGUGUCCACCACGUGGAAGGCACCCCUCGUUUUCUGUAUAUCUUGUCUUGCCAAACCUCACCCGAGGGGGAAAGGGUCUCGAUACAGAGCAAGCUUCGUCGGGCGGUCACGUUGUGUGAUGUCACUUUUUGAGCCGUGCUGUGUGUAGUGUUGCGGCCGCCUAAGUCCCCCCUCCUCCUCGAGCUUGUUUUUUUUUUCCCCUUCCCACAUCUAGAGGGGGAGGAAUGCCAGCUGGUCCAAUGUUUUGUGCUCCCAUGUUUAUUUUUCUUCCGUUUGCAAACAGAAUAUCGUCCCCUUAAAGCGCGCCUUGUUUCUAAUGGGGGUUGUGUUCGUGGCCCCUUCGGUGGGGGUACUCGCGCCUUCUCGGAUAGCUGAUCCCCUUGUUGCUCUUACCCAGAGAGUUGGAAGAACCCCACCCCACGCGUUUUUGUUCCCUUGCGGUUGUGCCUAGGUGUUUUUCGUCGGGGAGGUUGGCCGAAGUAACUCCAAGUGCCCCUCCCAGCAAACCCACCUGCCGUUUGUUCACUGCUGUUUCGGUUUGUCAGAUCCACUGUAGCCAAAAGAGGAAGCAUCUCUCCUCCCUCCCUCUGUUGAGACAGUUUCUUGGAGAGAGCUUUGACAGCAAGAAUCCCAAGUCUUCCGUUCUUUUCUCUUAUGCGUUUUUAUUUUAAAUUCUUUCCUGGACGAGGGGAGGGAGUGUUUACCCGGGCUGGACUUUUUCCCACACGUGGCACUGGGCUGAGGCAGUGUGUGCAAGUCUAUACUCAGAUAAGAGAAAACUUAGGUUUAACAUUUCUUUCGAAGGAAGAUUCGUGCCUCCUGUUGGACGACGCGACGGCAGCGACCACUUUAUUUCUCUCUCCUGCCACUACCCUUGUCUCGGACAUAAUUUUUUAAGUGUUCAGGUUCGUGUACAGCUUUUUUUUUUUCUGUCCUUCAACUGUUUUUGUUAGUUCAUUUUUUUCUAGGAGGAUGACGUUCUAGUGAUGCGCAGAGCUUUUUAUUUGUUCAAUAAAGAUCGAGAAGGCAGGGGGAGGGAUUGCAUAGAAUAGGAAAAAAAAACGAUGCGCGGCGGCCUUCUUUACUCCGCCUUAACGUAGGAAGUGCUUCUUUCUUUUCCAUGGAAUAUAAGGGAGGGGCCAGCGAAUGCCUGCGACCACCACUACUGUAUUUAUGAUCUUCCGUAGCCGACCACUUUGUUUCGAAGCAGUCACUCCUGUUGACAUCUCGUUUUCACAUGUUGGACUCUAUGCUCCCCCACAACUUGGACUUUUUCUCCUUGCCCUCCCUUGCCCCUUCCUUCUCCCUCCUCGCAGCAGCAUCGUUAUAUUAAAAAAAGAACAUUGUCAUUUACUGGAGCUGUCACCCAAUUCCUUUUGUUUGCCCUCCUGUUUGCGCAUACAGUGUACUGAGAACUGAUGAUGGAAGAGAAACGUGUGCCCUUGAUUUCGA